AUGGUAGAGUCAAAAUUAUUGCCAAUGACCGUGAAUUGGCCGUUCAAAGUCGUCAACAAUAAUGGUAAACCAUAUAUCAGUGUUGAAUACAAACAUAAAAAGAAAAUAUUUUUGCCCGAAGAAAUUUUAUCCAUAGUAUUAACAAAAAUGAAAGAAAUCGCAGAAGCUUUCCUUGAUACACAAGUUAAAAAUGCCAAAGGGUUUUCCAAAAAAUUUAAGAAAUAUAUCUCUUCCAAUGCACGUGCUAUCCGUCGUUUAAGAACGGCGUGUGAGCGUGCGAAAUGUGCACUUUCAGCAUCAUCGCGAACUUCCAUUAAAAUUGAUUCUCUCUUUGAAGGUAUUGACUUUUAUACCUCUUUGACACGUACCAGAUUUGAAGAAUUGAAUCAAGAUCUAUUCCGUUCUAUAAUCGAACCUAUUGAGAGAGUACUUCAAGAUGCUAAAAUUGACAAAAGUCAAAUUAACGAAAUUGUUUUGGUUGGUGGAUCAACACGUAUUCCCAAAAUUCAAAGAAUGAUAUCCAGAUUUUUUAAUGGCAAAGAACUAAAUAAGUUCAUCAAUCCCGAUGAGGCUGCAGCUUACGGUGCUGCAGUACAAGCUGCUAUUUCUGAAAAAACCCAAAAUAUACUUCUACUUGAUGUCACUUCUUUAUCUCUUGAUCUUGAUAAUCAGUCUAGAAUAUUACUUCGGAUAUAUGAAGGUGAAAGUACCCGAACAGGAGAUAACAACUUACUCAGAAAUUUUGAAUUUUUUUGUAUUAAGCCAGCACCAAAAGGUGUUCCAAAAAUUGAAUUACCUUUGAUAUUGAUGAAAAAAGUUUCUGCUGUUGAUAAAGCAACUGGCAGAUCAAAUAAGAUUACCAUUACUAAUGACAAAGGACGAUUAUCGAAGAAAGAAAUCGAACGCAUAGCUUCCGAGACUGAAAAAUAUCAUGCAGAAAGAAAGAAAAUUGCUCAAAAAUGCAAGCACGAAUGA